AUGGAAAAAUAUAAAGCAUGCUUAUAUGGUAUUGAAGAAGUCAUCGAUUUAAGAAUCAAGAUUCUUGAAGUAUUUGGGGAAUCUUCUUUAGUAAUCAGUCAAGUCCGAGGAGAUUGGGAAACUCGGGAUAAGAAGUUGAUUCUGUAUAGAGAACACGUCGUAAAACUGAUUCCGUAUUUUGAUGAUAUCACUUUUCAUUACAUUAUGAGGGAAGAGAAUCAGUUGGUCGAUGCUCUUGCUACUCUUUCAUCCAUGUUUAAAGUCAAGUGGAAGAAUGAAGCACCGUCCAUCUAUAUUGACCACUUUGAUGAACCAAUGUAUUGUCUAGCAAUGGAGGAUGAAUCUGACGAUAAUCCUUGGUUUAACGACAUCAAGAGAUAUCUAGGAAGACAAGAAUAUCCCGAGAAAGCAUCCAUCACAGAUAAGAAGGCUUUGAGAAGGUUCUCUUUUAAGUUCUUCUUGAACGCGGAUGUUUUGUACAAGAGUAAUUAA